AUGGAGACAAGUAAUAAUAACAACAAUAGUAACAAAACUGAUGAUAAUAAGAGAUGCCCUCAACAUAACAAGAAACAGAGAAUAAUUUGUUAUGACUGCAACGAAAUAGUUUGUCAAGUGUGCAUGGCGACUAAACAUAACAAGCAUGACAUCGACCAUGUAUUCAACCUGAAUGCUCAAUUCACCAGUAAUAAGAAGAUAAAGAGGUUUGAUACUCGACUUGAUUCACUCUGGGAAACACUGCAGCAAUUGGCAUGGUCGUAUGACACUAUUCAGAUCACACAUAUACGUGUUGUCAAUCAGUUUAGAGAUCUACAUGAAUACCUCAUGAUGAGGGAGCAGGAGCUCAAGAGGGCACUCAAUGAUGAGUUGGAGAAGACUACAACAUCGAUCAACAACAUCAUCGAUGAGAUUGCCAAUAUCAACGCCAACUCGUACCGCACCAAACCAAAGGGAGAUGAUGGAGAUGAUGAUGGCUUUGACAUUGAGAGCAUGAACAAGUUGGUGCAAUCGAUACAAUCGUCAAAGUCAAUGGAUCAGUUCUUUGACAAGGAGUUCAUAGCCUCUGAUGACGUAAAAUGGUGCGAUGAUCAAUUGAUGGACUUUGUUAGAAGAGGUUCACAGGCCAUUAAGACCGUGCACCCUGUUACCAGACCGAUACAAUACGAGUUUGAUACCUUCUUUAUGCAGAUGAAAAUCAUUGACCUCUUGGAUGAUUAUGUCUUCGUUAAGGAGCCAACCAGAAUUGAACAUGGCUUCAGGAAUCACAUCUUCUCGCUCUCCAAAGACUCUUGCUCGAUGCUAGCACUGGACACUGGUGUGUGGACUGUGAUCAACGAUAAGUGCACACCAAGAGGUGACAUAUCCACAUCGGUUGUAUACGCACGAGGCAAUGUCUAUGUGUUUGGCGGUGAAGGAUCACCCAACACCUAUUCUCGAUUCUCACUCAUCGAACAGAAGUGGCACAAUGACCUGGAGAUAAUCGGUAUCGAUGGUGGUACCGGCAUAUCUGCAUGCUAUGAUGGAAAGCAACACAUCUAUUUGGUCGGUGGACUCCACAAUGGCAACCUAUUGAAUCGAGUCGACUGCUUCAACAUUGACACUCAACAAUUCUCCUCAGUUGGACGGAUGUAUGUGGCAACCAGAGGGUCUUACUCGCUUUUCAGAUCCAAAUCAGACGAGAUGUUUGUCGUUGGUGGCUAUGUUGAUGUUGACAGUAAGUGCUUGCACACUUAUACCCUGUCAUUCGAUACGAUCACCAAGAUUUAUAAUAGAAGCAUCAUCAGUGCUUUAAGAAAGGAUCAAAAGAUCCAGGCUUGUUAUGAUGGCAUGGAAAAUGUAUUCAUUGUUGGCGACCAGUGCCUCUUGGUCAAUAUUAAGCAAUUAGCGGAAAGGCGAUUAGAAGGGUAUGAUAUGGUCCCUGAUGAUCCUCACUGGUCAUGUCUAUACACUCAAUCACAUGGAUUAGUGACGAUUGGUGGAAGUGGACACAACUCUAGAUACUCUUUGUUAAAAGACAAAUGGAUACCACUCGAAGACUAUGACCCAGUGGAGUCCAGGCAAUCAUUUGGAACAUGUCACAUAUAUCAU